UUCUAACGACCCAGCCAGAUGAAUUAGGACCCUGCAGCUGAGCUUGCUUGUGCACACUACCAAAGCUCCCGCCCACAAGCCUUGCCUUUGACUGCCUCCCUGGAUGCUGAAGUGCUUGACUGAGCAUCCUCUUCCAGGCUAAACAUGUCUGAUCUAGCAGACCCUGCUCCUGCAGCUCCAGCCGGCACAGAGGGCAAACUCAUCCUCUACCACUGGACUCAUUCGUUCUCCUCUCAGAAGGUACGUUUGGUUAUAGCAGAAAAAUCCUUGAAGUGUGAAGAGCACGAUGUGAGCCUCCCCUUGAGUGAGCACAAUGAACCGUGGUUUAUGCGCCUUAACCCAUCGGGAGAAGUGCCAGUUCUUGUCCACGGAGAAAAUAUUAUCUGUGAGGCCACCCAGAUCACUGAUUAUUUGGAACAAACAUUUAUUGAUGAAAAAACACCCCGACUCAUUCCAGAAGAGGGCAGCAUGUAUUACCCCAGGGUUCAGCAUUACAGGGAGCUUUUAGAUUCCUUGCCAAUGGAUGCCUAUACCCAUGGCUGCAUUCUCCACCCAGAGCUGACAGUAGAUUCAAUGAUACCAGCCUAUGCAACAUCUAGAAUCCGCACACAGAUUGGUAGCACUGAAUCAGAACUCAAGAAGCUUGCCCAGGAAAAUCCAGAUCUUGAAGAUGCUUAUAUUGCCAAACAGAAACGUCUCAAAACAAAAUUGCAGGACCAUGAUAAUAUCAAAUUCCUAAAGAAAAUCCUUGAGGAACUAGAAAAAGUCCUGGAUCAGGUUGAAACUGAAUUGCAAAGAAGAAAUGAAGAAACCCCAGAAGAAGGCAGUGAGUCUUGGCUCUGUGGACAGUUUUUUAGCCUAGCAGAUGUCUCCUUAGCAGUGACUUUACACCGGUUAAGGUUCCUCGGAUUUGCAAGAAGAAACUGGGGCAAUGGCAAGCGCCCUAACUUAGAGGCAUAUUAUGAACGUAUCCUGCAAAGAAAGACAUUUAACCGAGUAUUAGGGAACGUCAACAACAUUCUGAUUUCAGCAGUGCUGCCAACUGCCUUUCGCGUUGCCAAAAAACGCGCCCCUACUAUUCUCGGUUCCACGCUGAUGGUGGGGUUGCUAGCAGGUGCAGGAUACUUUUUCUUUCUGUGCGCAAGGAAAAGAUUAUUCAGCAUGUUCCUAUCAAUAAAAGCAAAAUAUUUUUUCUAGGUAACGUUUAUUAGUCUUGGUACGCAUUAAUAUAAACUGGCCAAAUGUCAUUUCUGAAUCAGCAGCCAUGCACAAAAGAAAAAUAUCCAUUCCAAAAUGAAAGCUGUUAUUAAAAAUACUACAAAAGCACAAUGCUAUAUGUGCUGAGUGUGUUACUUUCAUCCCUGCAGGCAUCAAAAGUGAAGUAAAACCUAAAAAAAAUAUGACUAGAAAUACUGUAUUUAAUAUAUUGGACUGAUUGUACCAGCAUAGAGGUUUAGCAGCCCUCGUUCCUGAGCUUCCAGGUAUUGUGAAUCUGAAUGGAUUACUCAGCAUUAUACUAUCAGAUUGAUAUUGUAUAUACAGGUAGCAGCCAAAGCAUUACAUUUUAUGUGAAUAUUUACAGUUGUUAUUACAGUCACUAGAUUCUAGAGCAGGUUCUCUUUUGUGGCAUUCAAGGGGGGAUUUCCCAGGGAAGCUAGAGAAGGGAGAGAGUAUUGUGCUACAAUAUCUUUAGCUGAUGUGAAAAAGAUAAAGUGGAUGAAGCCAGUAGGCCUGAGGUUGGUUACAUCAUAGAGAUGUAGGAGUAGGCCAGAUUCAUG